AAGGAGUACAAAAUUUCAUUUGGAUUACUAAAAAAUUACCUGGAAAAUUGCACUCUUACCAUGAUUCUCUUGUGGAAUAUUUUACUGUGAUGCCAAGUUAAUUUACAAUUAUUGACUUGUUCUCUACCAAUUAUGUCUGAAGGAGACAAAAAACCCAUAGUGGUCACUAACAACCAGGCUCCUCGGGCUGAGAGCUACCGAUAUGCUGUCACGCCAGGAGGCCAGGAGAAGAAGAAGGGGAAGAAGAAGGGUGAGGACCUCGAUGAACUUAAACAGGAAUUGGAUAUGGAUGAACAUAAAGUAUCCAUCGAGGAACUCUACCAAAGGUUAGGAACAGACCCAACUCGAGGUCUCAGUCCAGAACGGGCUAAAGAAAUUCUCUUGCGUGAUGGACCGAAUUGCCUUACCCCACCAAAAACUACGCCAGAAUGGGUCAAGUUUUGCAAAACACUAUUUGGUGGUUUUUCAAUGUUGCUGUGGAUUGGAGCUAUUUUAUGUUUUAUUGCCUAUGGUAUUCAAGCAGGGACUUAUGAUGAUCCACCCGGCGAUAAUUUAUACCUAGGUAUUGUGCUGACUGCUGUAGUAGUUGUCACAGGCAUAUUUUCCUACUACCAAGAGGCUAAAAGUUCUAGAAUUAUGGACUCCUUCAAAAACAUGGUGCCGCAAUAUGCUGUUGUUUUAAGAAAUGGAGAAAAGUUAAAUGUACAUGCUGAGGACCUCGUAGUUGGAGACGUGGUAGAUGUGAAAUUUGGGGAUCGUGUUCCAGCUGAUAUUCGUGUUAUUAGUGCUCACAGUUUUAAGGUAGACAACUCAUCACUUACUGGAGAAUCUGAACCUCAGUCAAGGUCAGCUGAAUUCACUAACGAGAAUCCAUUAGAAACAAAGAAUUUAGCUUUCUUCUCAACCAACGCUGUAGAGGGUACCUGUUUAGGAUUGGUUAUUAAGACUGGUGACAAAACUGUGAUGGGCCGUAUUGCUAACUUGGCCUCUGGUUUGGAGGUUGGAGAAACUCCCAUUGCUAAAGAAAUUGCUCACUUCAUUCAUUUAAUUACUGGUGUGGCUGUGUUUCUUGGUGUGACUUUCUUCGUCAUCGCUUUCAUUCUCGGAUAUUUCUGGCUAGAUGCCGUCAUUUUCUUAAUUGGUAUCAUUGUAGCCAAUGUACCAGAAGGCUUGUUAGCAACUGUAACCGUAUGCCUCACUUUAACAGCUAAACGUAUGGCAAGGAAGAAUUGCUUAGUGAAAAACUUGGAAGCUGUUGAAACUCUUGGCUCCACUUCCACCAUUUGUUCAGAUAAAACCGGAACUCUUACACAAAACCGAAUGACUGUAGCUCACAUGUGGUAUGGUGGUAAAAUCGUUGAAGCUGAUACCAGUGAAGAUCAGUCAAAUGCAACUUACAAUAAAGACAAUGUUGACUGGAAAGCUCUCUCUAGAAUUGCCAUGUUAUGCAAUCGUGCUGAAUUUAAAGCUGGUCAAGAUGGUGUUCCAGUCUUGAAAAGAGAAUGCAAUGGAGAUGCUUCUGAAUCGGCCCUUCUCAAAUGCGUAGAGUUAUCUAUUGGUGGUGUCCCUGAGUAUCGUAGACGUAACAAGAAAGUCGUAGAAAUUCCUUUCAAUUCUACAAAUAAAUAUCAGGUAUCUAUUCAUAAUAAUGAGGACCCCAAUGACCCCUGUUAUUUCCUGGUGAUGAAGGGUGCUCCAGAAAGAAUCAUGGAACGUUGUACAGUGGCUUUAGUCAAUGGAAAAGAAAUGACAAUUGACGAAAGUUUCAAGAAUGAUUUCAACACCGCUUAUAUGGAGCUCGGUGGUCUUGGAGAGCGUGUACUAGGUUUCUGUGAUUAUACUCUUCCAACGGAAUCAUUCCCUCCUGGAUUCCAGUUUGAUGGAGAUGAAGUUAAUUUUCCUCUUACUGGCCUUCGAUUCGUUGGUUUGAUGUCUAUGAUAGAUCCACCCAGAGCUGCUGUACCUGAUGCUGUCGGAAAAUGCCGAAGUGCUGGUAUCAAAGUUAUCAUGGUCACUGGUGACCAUCCUAUUACUGCUAAGGCUAUUGCUAAAGGUGUUGGUAUUAUAUCAGAAGGAAGCAAAACAGUGGAAGAUCUCGCCGCAGAGCAAGGGGUCGCUGUAGAUCAAGUUAAUCCAAGAGAUGCAAAAGCAGCUGUCAUCCAUGGAAGUGACUUGAGAGACAUGACUCCGGCUCAAAUUGAUGAAAUCCUCCGCAAUCACUCUGAAAUUGUUUUUGCCCGUACCUCCCCACAACAAAAACUGAUCAUUGUAGAAGGCUGCCAGCGUCAGGGUCAAAUUGUGGCAGUCACAGGGGAUGGUGUAAAUGAUUCUCCAGCUUUGAAGAAAGCUGAUAUUGGUGUUGCAAUGGGAAUUGCUGGCAGUGAUGUGAGCAAACAAGCUGCUGAUAUGAUCCUGUUGGAUGACAAUUUUGCCUCCAUUGUCACUGGUGUUGAAGAAGGUCGUUUGAUCUUUGAUAAUCUGAAAAAAUCAAUAGCAUACACCUUAACAUCGAACAUUCCUGAAAUCAGUCCCUUCUUAUUCUUUAUUCUCCUUGACAUUCCUCUACCUCUUGGAACAAUUACUAUCUUAUGUAUUGAUUUGGGCACUGACAUGGUGCCAGCUAUUUCUCUGGCCUAUGAACAAGCUGAAAGUGAUAUCAUGAAGCGACAACCUCGUGACCCUGUCAAUGAUAAACUCGUCAAUGAAAGAUUGAUUAGUAUGGCCUAUGGUCAAAUUGGUAUGAUUCAAGCAUCUGCUGGGUUCUUUACUUAUUUUGUCAUUAUGGCAGAAAAUGGCUUUUGGAUGUCUAGAUUGUUAGGCCUCCGUAAAAACUGGGAUUCUAUGGGCGUCAAUGACUUAGAAGAUUCAUAUGGGCAAGAAUGGGUAGGUACUUCUUUUUAAUUCAGUAGUUAUCUU